CAACCAUGGCGGAGUUCGCUCUUGGGUUGACCAAGACGGCGGUGGAGGGGACGCUGAGCUUGAUCAAGUCGACGGCAGAGGAGGAGGCGAAGCUCAAGGAGAAGGUACAGAACGACCUGGUGUUCAUCACUGGCGAGUUCGAGAUGAUGCAGUCCUUCCUCCAUGUCGCCAACAGGGAGCACGUAGGCCGUGGGAAUGAUGAGUUGUCGCUGGCCUGGGUGAGGCAGCUUCGCAACCUGGCCUUUGAUGUUGAGGACUGCGUCGAGUUUGUUGCUCACCUUGACAACAAGUCUCCACACUGGGGGUGGCUGCGGCGUGUGUGGCACACAUUCAACUGCGGCGCUUCGCCACUGCCCCUAGAUGUGGCGGUGGCUGAGAUCAAGCAGCUCAAGGCCAGGGUGGAGGACGUGAGCCAGAGGAACACUCGUUACAUCGAUCCUCAGCCGCCGCCGCUGCCGACGACGACGACGACAACAGUCAUGACGACACCGGCCGUAGAGCAGCAGCCGCCGGAUAAUGCCACCACCUAUCAAUCGUCAGCAGCAUUCUACGUCCUACGUGAUGCGUGGGAGGCUACUGGCAAGUGGUGCAGCAACAUGUGUAACCUCCAACAAGAGUUGCUGAUCGCCCCUGAAGGUGAAAAUGAUGAUGACCUUCGCGUUAUCUCCGUUUGGGGAAGCAGCAGCAGUACAGGAGGAGGAGGAGGUGGUGCCGCUGUUCUUGGGACGGCCUCCAUCUUCAGGAAGGCCUAUCGUGACCCAAAAAUCUGCGAAAAUUUCAAAAUCCGUGCUUGGGUGAAGCUGAGGCAUCCUUUCAACCACGAUGAGUUUGUGAAGAGCUUGCUGGCUCAAUUCUCUGUGAGCUCUCACCAAGCAAACACAGGUGUGGAUUUCAGUUGGACAAGGAUGAAAUCAGCAGAGGUUAUGGAAGCUGACAACCAGCUCAUGAAAGCUAAGCUCAUGGUGCAAAGGUUUCUGGUUGUCUUGGAAGAUGUUUUCACAUUGGAAGAGUGGGAUGUGAUCAGAAUGUACCUGCCUGACAGUAAGAACGGUAGCCGGAUAGUCGUGUCGACGCCACAAUUAGGGAUUGCCCUUAUUAUGUGCACAGGAGAGCCAUACCAAGUUUCGGAGCUCAGGAAGUUCCCCGGUGAUAACCAAUUUCUUUGUGCCUUCUUCAAAAACAAGACGAAAGGGGUAUGGGUGAAUUUUACCGCCAAUUGCGACACCAGGGGGGUGAUAUCCGUGUGGGGGCCUGAUGAUGAUGACAAAUCAAACCUCGUCGAUAUAUUGCACAAGGGCUUAAUAAACGGCUGGUUCAAAAAUUUUGAAGGGGUUUCUGAUGCUGCUGAGGAAGCAGAUCACGUCGGUAUGUUGCGCAAGGGCAUAAGAAACAGGAUGAGAAAACUUGUUAAAGUGGAUGUGGACCGUGAGCUGGGCAGGUUGCUCAGUGUGGAAUUUGAGCGGCACAGCUGGGGCGACAUGGAAUUUGAGCGGCACAGCUGGGUUGAUGUACCCAGCCCGUUCGAUUUCAAAGUCUUUGCGCAACGCUUAUUUCUGAAUUUUUAUUCGGAUGACAUUCGAGCCAAUGAAAUCAUGGAGGUUGGUAGCAAGGGAUCAGAGGCAGGCCUAAUUCAGCGGUGUUGCAGGUUUCUGUUUGAAGAGGAUUGCCUCAUCGUCAUUAACGGUCUGCAGUCCAGGGAUGACUGGGACCAGAUAGAACGUACCUUGUUACUAUCAUCCAAUAAGGCUACUACGGCUAAAGCUUGUAUCAUUGUCAUCACAAAUGAAGAAACCGUGGCCACAUAUUGUGUGAAGGAUCACAAACAUCAAGCGUUCAACGUCAAAGAUUUGAUGGCGGACACAUCCAUUUCGAGCUUGGUAAAUAAGGGUUCUUGGCACUAUGGAAUUAGAGGCAUCAAGGGUCGCUUGUUCUAUGACAGAAGGAAAGAUGCACUAGAGUGGACCGAUAAAUUUAAAAAUGUUGGCGGUAAUAAUCCAGAUGAAGGAAAAGACGAGGAGGAAUUUGGUGUGUUCACAAUGAGUGAGGAUGCAAUGGAUAUCCAUUUAUUACAAGGUAUCCUUAGACAUGCCUACUAUGUUGCAUUUCCACAAAUUAAAUGGCGUAGCUGGGUGGACGUGCCAAGAAAACCGUUUGAUUUGAUGGACUUCUCCUGGCGCUUACUUCUAGAUUUUUAUUCUGAUGAUCCUCAAGCCAAGGAAGCUAUAGCAGUUGGUCUGAUGGAAGGCACUAUUAUUGACCCGAUUGAAAAGUGCUGUGAGUUUAUUCGUAACGAAAAAUGUCUGGUUGUCAUCAAUGAUCUGAGGUCCGAACAAGACUGGGAUUCCAUCAAGGACACCUUCUUGUCCGACUCCGAGCAUAUUCAAAGCAUUAUCAUCGUUAGUUCAUUAUUAAUUGAUAAUACUUACUGUAGCCCUAAGGUGCUGCGGCUGGGUACCCAACAGGGUUUUGGAGAUAUUUACAAAAAGGAAUACGACUGUAUAUUUUAUACGGAAAGAAGCCAAAAGGCACUGAGAUGGAGCGAGAAAUUUAAACCCGUCGGGCGUGAGAUGGAGGUGAUGUUCCUUGCCUUUGACGUCGUAAAUAAUGGCGUGAACUCGGUAUGGGGGAUUGCCGGUGUUGGCAAAUCAUCUGUCGCCAGGACAGUUUAUUACAACCAAAUGCUUGAUUCAGCAGGACCUAAGACAUCAUUGUUCGACUCAUCCAGUGAUACUUUAUUCGAAGCAUUUGGUUGGGUGGACGUCGCUCCGAGUUGUCAGUUCAAUUUGACUGAAUUUGCCUGGCACUUACUUCUCGAUCUCUGUUCUGAUGAUCCUCAAGCCAAGGAAAUUGCAGCAGUUAGUAUGGUGGAAGAAGGCUGCCAAGUCCCAAUUCGAGAGUGCUGUAAGAUUCUUCAAGAAAUAAGAUGCCUGGUUGUCAUCGAUGGCCUGCACUCCACGCAAGACUGGGAUUUGAUCAAAGCCACCUUCUUAUCCAAGCCUAUUAAAAGCACUAUUGUUGUCAUCACCAUUGAAGAAAAAGUUGCAAUGCAUUGUGUGGAAAAUGACAAGUCCCGAGUAACAAACAUCAGACGCCUCGAAGCUGAUGUGGCCCUAAGUCUCUUGGAAAAGAUAGCUUCGGAAGACAAGGGAUUAACUUCUGAAGAGAUGGCACUAUUGAGAACUAUUAUUGUCCCCAAGUGUGGCGGGCUGCCCAAAGUAAUAUCUGUCGUAGGUGAAGGGUUCAGAUCACGCAGAUGGUGGUGGGAUUAUCUGAGCUACAACUUUAUGGGCACACUGGAGACGGAACCAGAACUCCGGCCUCUGUUCUCUUGGAUGAAGUCAUACUUUGAUGAUUGCUCAGAUUCACUCAAGCCAUGUAUCUUCUACCUGUCAAUCUUUUCUGCAGAGAAGAACAUCAGGCGGCAGCGUUUGCUGUGGCGGUGGAUCGCAGAGGGUUACUGCAGGGACACUUCCGAUGGUAGAACUUGUGAAGACAACUGGGAAAAUUUUGUCUCUGAGCUCGUUAGCUUGAGCAUAGUCCAGGAGUCAACAAGCAAUAAUAAGGUGUUUUAUCAAAUCAAUGGCUUCUUCCAUGAGUACAUCAUCUCACGGCCAAUGGAAGACAACCUUGUGUUUGCAUUGGAGGGGCAUUGCAGCCUCAACUCGACACGUGGUGGACAGCACCUGACCAUAAGGAGCAGCUGGGACAGAAGAGACAGGAUUGUGUACGAGAGCAUCGAUUUUUCACGGCUACGGUCCUUGACUGUUUUUGGGGAGUGGGAGUCAUUCUUCAUCUGUAGCAGCAAGAAUGUGAAUAGGAUGAGACUCCUUCGGGUGCUGGAUCUUGAGGACGCUCAAGGUGUGACUAAUCAAGACCUUGAGCAGAUUGCCAAGCUACUGACUCGACUCAAGUUUCUGUCCCUACGGGGAUGUACAGAGGUUACUAGUCUGCCAAGUUCAAUGGGUGGUCUGAGGCAGCUGCAGACCCUGGAUAUCAGACACACUUCCAUAGCAACAUUCCCACCAGUUAUCACCAAGCUACAGAAGCUACGGUACAUUCGUGCUGGCACAACUGAAGUAUGGGACUGCGAAGAUCUCCUGCCAGCCGCAGACGGUGAGGACAGGGCAUCAUCGUCAUCAUCAGCAACACCAGCAGAAGGCAACAACAGGCCACGUACUUUGGUAUCCAGCUUCUUGUCCAAGUUUAUCAGACGUGGCGAUGGACCUGCUGCAGCUGGUGUUACCUUUCCUGCAGAUAUUGGAAAUCUGUCUGUCUUGCAUACUCUUGGCGUUGUCAAGGUCAGUCAUGCUCAAUGUGGUAGUAAGGCCAUAUUCCAGGAGCUCAAGAAGCUUACGCAAUUGCGCAAGCUCGGCGUGUCUGGCGUCAACAAGGGAAACAUCAAGGAGUUGUGUUGUGCCAUUUCUGGUCAUGUCCAUCUCAAAUCUCUGUCAGUGGAGCUCGACAAGGAUUAUGGCAACAUGGAUGACAUCAACCAGCUAGUCUGGAUCAGGAUCGGGCAGCUUGGCUUUAGGCGAAAGCUCAAGCUUGAUAUGACUAUAGCAAAGCCAGAGGAGUUUCCAAACCCUAGUCAUCAAGAUGCAGAUGCAGAUACGAUAUUUUUCAUACAUCAUCUUCGGAUCAGGCCGAUCCAAGGCGGUGACCUCCACAUUGGCCGCAGCUGGAGAGACACCCAGGUUGUGGAGAUUCAGUGCAGCUCCGUAUUGUUACAUAUAAAGUUUGAUGAUCUGGGCCUUUUUGAGUGGAGAGUUGGGUUGCUCAAGGUCCACUUCUCCGGGGGAUCACAGUCAUCCUUGCACAUUUCUGGGCUAAGUAAUCUGGACAAUCUCAACGAAUUGUGGCUCAAGGGACACACCGACGCGCACAGGCAAUACAUGCAGCAACAAAUUGACCACAUGGAGCUGCGGCGGCCGGACCAGAAGAGACCGGUGUUGAAGUUUUUCCUGUCCUGAUAAAUCAAUAAAUAACUGAACCAAUUCUGUCAAACCAACAACUUGUACAAGAAGCUUUCUGCUUGCUGCUUCUUUCUUCAUAAAAAAUAGUGUUAUUAGUUUUCGUUCCGCGAUCAGACGCUUUAGUAACAUUGUAGUAUUAUAUUUGGUUCCCUGACUACAAGUGCUGCAUAUGAUGAUGUUUCACCACCGCCUUGCCUUGUUAAGCCAGAUGGUGUGACUAGAAAUCUUUCACCUCCUUCUCAACUCAUUCAUGCACUGUGCUUCUACUCCAGCAGUACCCUCUUGGAAGUUGGAACUCAUCUGGGGCACCAAAGAGAGGGAGCAACUACUCAGCACAAACCUUCUUUGGCACUGGUGGUGUGUUAGACAAGGUGAACGCAGGAGAAAACCAGAGGAAAUUGCUUUUGUCGAUCAAACACGGACUGAUGAGUUUAUGAAAAACCGUAUUUCUGCCCCCAAGAUUGUAAUAAAGUAGCUCAUGCCCUAGCAGGAACUGGUUGUAAUUGUGCUGAAAAUUCUGCUCUGAUGUGGGAUAGCACGCCAGGAGUCAACAAGGACUGGUGGCGAGCGAUUCUGUUGUAUCUAUGGUCUAAUGGAAUUCGGAAUCUAAUCUAAGCUAAAAAACACACACACAAUAGCACACCCAGGCGUGGGGUUAAUGCGGCCCCCCGCACCCAAGUUUGCU